CAAAAGAAAGAUUAAAACUCUCUCUCCUCAUUUUCUCUCACACACACUCUCUCUCUCUACAAUUCGAAACCUCCUUUUCUCUCUCUAGGGUUUUAUGAUUUUUCGCACUCAAAUUCUACUCUUGUAGCUUCGAAUCUCGACUGGCAGCUCGGCCUCGGAUCCUCGCGCUCCGGCGCUCUCUCUCCCGGUACAGUUUUCUCAACCAGCCGUGGAGAAUCGGAGCUAAGCUGUACCCGAGCUCGUACGGCGUCGUUUUUGGGUGAUUGUGGAUUGCGUUGAGGAAAUACUAUAAAAGAACACUGUGAGCUGCUUAGAUGCUAUAACAUGGAGAGAGGUCUUCUGAUGGCUGAUAAUCAUAAGAGGAGUAACCCUAUUAUUGCCUCCAAGUCCAAGUCGGUGGGAUCUUUUGUUAAAAUUGACUCAAUAUCUAUAGAUCUCGCUGAUGCAAAUGUCAAGAGUAGUAGUAGUCAUGCGGCAAAGUGUGAGCACUUCUCCAUACGCGGUUAUGUAUCUGAAAUUCGCAAAAAGAACUGGAAGGUAUGUUGGCCAUUUGAUUCAGAUGGUGAUUUCAACAAGUUUGAUCAGCUGGAGGAUACAUCCGUGCUUCCUCCUUUGAAGACUCCAAAUUUCAGAUUCUGGUCUUGCCAGAAUUGCGUGCAGGAAACUGGUUCUAAGAGCAUUCCAGAAGAUCAUGGUACAGACAUUUAUUGUUGCAAUAUUGGAUCUGAUUCCAAUAAGACUUGUGCUCAGGUGAGCAGUAGUGUUUCUGUACUUUUGACAGAUUGUCAGCAAGGUCCACAGUCAAAAGUUGUUGAGGGAAAAAGAGUUGAAGCUCCUACUUCUACUGUUGGGUGUGGCAACGAGCAACAUCCUUCAUCAUGUUCUACUGAUAAGAAAGAAGGGAAGGAUGAAGUUCCACCCACUACCAUCAUAGCGAAUGAGAAUGCCUUAGAAGAUUCUGUGAGUCACGAAAUGCCUAGACUAAAUUCUGUUGAGACAGAAGUUAACCCAAAAAGGACGCAGGAGAGACAUAAAGAUGACACAGAAGCUCUAAGAUUGGAGGGCAAUGGAUCUGUCGAAGCCUGUAAACCAGGAUGUGAAAGUCAUGAAGAUACCAAUGUUGAGCUUGAUAUCACAAACAAAAAUUUCUGGAACAAGAAUCACAUCCAGACCAGUGAAGCUAAGUAUCAAACUUCUGCAGAAGACAAUCACAAGGAGUCAAUGAAUGCUUUUGGGACAUGUAAGAGAGCCGGGAUGGUUGACAAGGCAGAUAAUGCUACCAAGCUUCAGACCGACGCUUGUCAUCCUCUAGUAUUAGAUGAGUGUGAUUAUGCAUCAUCUGAGAAUUUUGAUAAGUCAAGUGGUUUGAGUCGUAAGAAAAGUCGGAAGGUGCGUCUGCUGAGUGAGUUGGUGAAUAAGGGGGAUGCAAAAACUGAUUGCAUCAGGAUAGAAGAUUCUCCAUCCAACACAAUUAGUAAUAUAUCUGGAGCAGGAAUUGUUUCCCAAGGCCAGGUGUCUGUCCAAGAAAAUGCUAGAGUGGGUUUGAGUGAUAAUAAGAGAAGGAAGUUUCCAGAGGAGGAGGAACAGGGAUGCCUAGAGAUGAGCCAUCCUAAAAGUUUGAAUAAAAAGCUUAAGGCUUUCAGGCGAGAUGAGGAAUCCACCAAUGCCAUUGCAGAAUCUGUAUUAGAAGAAGAUGCAGUUGCCAGAACAUCUUUGCAGGCUGAUGAGAAGAGCAACUGGAAUAGACAUGAAAAUGAAAGAAUCCCUGCUGUUGGUAAGAAGAAAAUUAAGAAAUGCAAUGAUUUCGGCACAUGUUCGUCCUUAGUCCCACCUGAAGAUAAUGUGCCAAUAGAAGCCGUGGACAAAGUUGGAAAUUCAAGCAAGGGUAAUGCUACUAAUAGUGUUUCUUUUACUCUAACGUAUGAUGCAUCCACAGGUAGGGGGAUCGAUCAAAUUCCUUGUCCUGCUUCGGAAGCAGAGGGAAAAUCUGGUAUCUGUAAGAGGAAAGGCAAGAUACCUAAAGUUGAUAAUGGCCAGGCUUCUCUAUCUCCUUGGAAUGGCAUGUUCAGGAAAAGUCCAAAGACAAGGGAAGAUGUAGAAAUCAUGCAAAUUGGGCAUCCAUUUCAUCUGGCAGAAGAUGCAUCCGCUGAAAAAGGGCUGGAUCUUUCUCUUAACAGCUAUUUGGCUGCAGAAAGAUGUGGCAAGAAAUCUAUUCCCCAAUCUGAAGAUGGAUUUCCUUCUUUGUCCACUUGGAAAGAUGGAAGCUGCAAAUUAGAUGUGUUUAUGAGGAAAAAUGUGGAAGCUAACUAUGCUGCAAAUCUUAAACCUUCUAAAUCUAUUUCAAAUGCAUUUUCUGGGAAAGGAGGACAUGGUGAACUUAGUAGUAAAUUUUACACUUAUACCAUGCCUAUCUUGAAUGAGGAGAAAAACUACACCUCCCAGAUUGAACAAGGGAGUUGUUCUUUGCAGCAAAUGGAUAUUUCCCGUUCAAGAAACAAGGAGAAAAUUGUUGGGGUUCAGAAAAGUUCAGCUGUGCCUGUUAAUAGGAAACAUAGCAACCAUAAAUCUGACAAGAUGUCUCAGCAGGCAGCUGUGGAUGACAUACCGAUGGAAAUCGUUGAACUCAUGGCGAAAAAUCAGUAUGAGAGAUGUCUUCAUGAUGCUGAACAUAAUAAGAAUAUUUUAGAAAACACCAAUAAAGCAAGGAAAGCUCAGAUGAUGGAUCAUAGUUAUGGGAUUGGGGACUUGAGAAUAUCAGAAGAAACCAGUCAGAAACGAAAGCCUCAGGCAAGAAAUGCAAAAAAUGGCAUAACCACAAGGAAAAUUUCAGGACCUGCCAAACAGAAGUCAGUUGAUUAUUCUACUUAUAUGAACGGAAAAGAUUUUGGUGUGAGCCGUCUUGAUCAAAUGCAUUGCCCUACAGGGUUUAGUGCACUCAGUCAGGCGCAAAAGAAGUCAACUCGAGACCAAUUUCCUGCAGCUGGUUACAGCAGCUGUAGUUGUGCUCAAAAUUGCAAAUGGAAUGGGGAUAUGAUGGGCCCUGGGUUCUCACAUUCUAGCUUGCGGACGUUAGCAACAUCUAACACAUGCCAGUCUAUUCCACACCCAAAGGAAGAAGCAGCUCGUCUUUGGUCAUCUGGAAUGCCAGUUCACUUGCCCUUAACGUACAGCAAUCCUCAAAAGUGUCCAGCUCAGCCUUCUAAUGUCGAUAUGCUUUUACGUCCUCCUGGCUCACUGCAUAAGGGAAACGUAAAUGGGGAUUAUGACCUGAAUUUGUUUAAUCUAAAAUCUACCAACCGGGAAAAGCAUACUGAAGAAGUUGGUUCUGGGAGCUUCAGCAGAUCAAAUGCAGAGUACUCAUUCUCUUGCAAACGUCAUGGAUCUGAGCCUCAUCAAAAUGCAAUGGGGUCAUUUGAUCUAUAUUCUAAUGAAACUAUACCAGCAAUGCAUUUGCUCAGCCUCAUGGAUGCAGGUAUGAGGUCAGGUGCGCACUUCAACAUGGGUGGAAACCCGAAAUUUCUCAAGAGACCCUUUCCUAAUGAUCUCUACUCUAAGGAGUAUUCUGCGCCGGACAUCGGUGGUUAUAAGGCUACUGAUACUGUGAAGCUUCCAUCAUCAAAUUGUUGUGGCACAAAUCACCAUUCUGAGAAAUCCCUUGAUCUAUUUCCUAUGAAUCCUGGCGGGGCAUCUACUUCUUCAUUUCAACAUUCUAAAGGUUUCAGAAAGGCUACAGAAUUUAUGGGUCAAGGUUCCUUGAGUUGUCAAAAGAAAGAAAAGAUACAAAACUCCAAUGCACCUGCACAGAAUAGAGGUCCUGGAUCCCGAAAAGCUGCAUGUCCAGGUGGUGGUUUGGGCAAAAACUGUGGAACUAUCCCUGUUAUGCAGAAAGGAUUUCUAACGGUGUCUGAUACUAUGAUGUUUCCCCAGAACUUCCACACCAUUGAAUAUCCAAUGCUAAAAAAAUUGGAAGCUAACAAUGGUAAUGGGGCCAUGAACCCUCCGAAGAGCAGUUCCAUGUCUUUAAUGUGCUCAAUUAAUAGAAACCCUGCAGAUUUUAGCCUGCCAGAAGCAGGAAACGAGUACAUGAUCAGGGGUGAAGACCUGAGAGUUAGGAAGCGGAUUAAUCAAAGUGGGGACCGGAACAAGCGACGGAGGAACAGGAAGCAGACACCUUGAGUUUGAUGAGGCGAAGAUCUCCCCAGCUGGUGCAAAAAUAAGGUUCUUGGAGGAUCUAAGAGCUAGUCAUAUUUUGGUGCAAGCUAAGCUGAUAUUAGUAAGAGACUCCGAAGCUCUGACUCCUCCGAAAUAUAAUCUUGCUGGGUGAAGGUCAAGGCCUGUAUAUACCUAUGUCUUGACCUGCUGCAGGUGUACUUUGCUUGUUAUCUUUUUCUUUUUCAAUAUUUUGAAAUAUAUUGUUGUUUGUUCAUGUCAUAAGAACAAGGUUAUAUUACAACCUCAAGAUGGCCUUUUAGUUUUCAAAGGCUUAGCCUACAGUUAGCAUGGUAUUUUGGAUCGAUGUGUGUGUAGUUUGAGCAUUGAGAAAUCCAGAGGGGUAACUGAUGAACUUUUUUCAUGGAUAUAAACUUCAAAACUUGUAAUUUAAUACAGUGCCAAAACACAUGUGAAAGAAGACAUUUGGUUUCACUGUUAUGUGAGUGAAUUGAGAUUGAGAUUGAGAUUGA